GGGAUUCCUUAACUGUUGAUAAUUAACAUUUUAACAUGUUUUUUUGAUGCAACAUGUAGAGAGAAGUGAAACAGAUGUGCAAUCGGUUUUUGUUCUGUUGUCUUAUUAUUGAGGAUUUGCGAUUGUUUUGGAGACUAGUGCAACUGUUUGGUGACUUUUAGUGGGUUCAAUGCUCCUUGACAUUGUUUGAUGACUCUAGAAAUAGAUUAUUAGAAUAGCCUUGUACAAUGGCGGAAGAGAAGAUUGUCUGUCUGUUCGAUGUGGAUGGAACCCUCACCAAGUCACGUCAGAAAAUCGAGCCUCAAAUGGAGCAGUUUUUGCUCGAGUCUGCGAAAAGGGAAAAGUUUGAUAUUGGACUAGUGAGUGGAUCUGACAUCGCUAAACUUAAGGAGCAACUUGGUGAGGAUGUCAUCGCAAAGUAUAAAUAUGUUUUUGCUGAGAACGGACUGGUAGCGUACGUUGAUGAGAAACAGCUUCCAUGUGAGUCAAUCCUAACCGUCCUGGGAGAUGAUUCGCUCCAGGAGUUGAUUAACUUUUGUCUGAAGUACAUAUCCGAACUGACGUUGCCCUUCAAACGAGGUACCUUCAUUGAACUCCGAAGUGGAAUGGUAAAUGUCUCGCCUGUUGGCAGGAACAGCACGAUUGCCGAGAGAGAUCAAUUCGCAGAGUACGAUAAAGAGCAUCAUAUUCGAGAUAAGUUCGUUCAGGCAUUGAAGAAAGAGUUUCCCGAUCUCGGACUGACGUUUGCGAUAGGUGGACAAAUAUCAAUCGACAUUUUUCCAAACGGUUGGGACAAGACAUAUUGCCUUCGUCACAUCGACGAAUGCGACAAGAUCCACUUUUUCGGCGACAGAUGUGACGAAGGUGGAAACGACUACGAUAUUUACCAGAGCGACUUGACCGUGGGCCAUCGUGUCACCGGUCCUGCUGAUACAAUCAAGGAGAUGAAAAUACUGCUGGAAAUUCGCAAAGAGAUGAGAAAUAAGGAUGGAGGACUGCAAUGCCGUUAAUCAUCGGAUUACCACACAAAUUAGUCAUUCCAAAAGUCACCCGACUUUGCACAGUGCAUCAUCGUUUAUUUUUAUUAAUCAAAAAUUUUAUGGGACGAUAGACUAUUUACCUGAGGAUUAGCCAGUCACGUAUCGCGCUGACACGUGAAAAAAAUUAAGGUAGUCCUGUGACGUAUUGAAAUGAAAAUUGUAUUGUAUGUUGAUAUUGCAGAAUAUACAAAGAAUUUAACUUGA